AUGCAGCAGCAUCAAAUGCCACAUGCUCCCCCAGCGCCGCCGCCAGUUAUGCGGCCAGGCUUUUCAGGUAUGCCUGGGCUGGCCAAUGACUUCGGGCAUGUCCACCUUGACCCUGGUCAUCAUCUCGAACACAACAUGCACCAACCUGCCAUUCAAGUCAUUCAACCGCCUGGGUAUGGCCACAUGCCCGAUCCUCGCUCGUUCCCUAGCAAUGGCAAACCCCCCGUCGGCUACGCCGGUUAUAUUUUCACCAAGAACCCUGUUGAGCACGUCGGACAGAAGGAGACAUGGGCAAUUGUUCACAAAGAGCCAAUGCCGGCCUCCCAAGCCGACCUAAAAAAUCAAAUCGAAAAGCACCGCAAAAGGGGUGUUACAGGAUUAGAUCAAUACAUGCAUUCCGACAUGAAAGGUUUCAAGCGGAAGCAAAUUGACGAACUUAUUCGAGAAUGUGUCGCAAUGGAACCAGACCCGAGGUUCGAAUACAUCAUUGCCUCCAUUAGGCGCGACACAAGGCGACGACAAAGCGGCCUCGAGACAUCAAACAUGCAAGUCAUCUUGAAACGCCAACCCCGCACCGGUAUUGACAUGCAAGGCCCUGUCAUGGGCUUUGGCAGCGUUCGCCUGCCGUUAAGUGGGAUCGUUGAUCUUUCGGGCGCAGAUGAUUAUGAGAAGUCAAGUCAGAACAGUUCCAAUGGUCACAAACCUGGAGCCUACCCGUUUGAGCGCCACCUGAGUGAGCCUUGGGUGCAUGUCGUUCAUCCUGACGGAAGACCUCAGGCUCACCAUGCUCACUCGUACGAGAACGCACCGUCCCACGAUUUCGGCAACACCCAUGCCCAUAGCCAUGACCACCCCGGCAAUCAACAUGCCCACGGUUUAGAACAACCCCUCCACCCUCAUCAGGAUCAUCCUCCAUUCCAUGAGGAGGCUCACAAUACUAAGCAUGGCCAAAAAGAAAAGGCCAAAAAGCACAAGGGCAAAGAGACUAAAUCUCCUAAGAUAGUCUUCAUCUCAAAACACGAGAGUCACAAGUUGCACGAUCACCGUUCGGAUUCUUCCUCAUCGUCCGACAGUGAGUCGUCCUCUGGUGACACCGACCGAACACCUGACACAAUCAUCUCCAGCGAAGGCUCCCACUACCAUCAGAAGGACAAGAAACACCAUAAAGGCAAGCAUCACCGCAAAUCAAGCUCCCACGACCAUGAGCAUGAGCCCGUUAAAAUGAUUUAUCGUGAACACAAACGGAAAGAGCCCACGCGCAGGCUGGCGUCCCCUCCUCCGUCUCACAGAUCCCGCUAUCGACAUGAAGAUGUUUAUGUUGAGCCCGCGGUCACCUCUCACCGUAGGCCGGAGCCAAUGUACCCCAGAGAACGUCCUCCUUAUCAUCAUCGGGCCAUGAGCUAUGACGAUGAACGUCUUCAUGAUCAUGACAUGAGAGGACUCGGUCGGCGGCCUACUAUUUAUCGCAGGAGGAUUACUAGCACUGCGCAACCAGUCGACCCCUACGAGGAGAGGGCAGAGCGACGAAGGCAUGACAUGCUGGACAGAGAAAUCUGGGAAAAGGAAGAGGCUAUCAGGAUUAGGGAACGAGCUCGCAGAGACGCGGCUAGGGAAAGGAUGGAUUCAGAGAGGACGUAUCAUGCGCCUCCUCGGCCUCGAAUGGACAGGAUGCAUGGCUAUCACGACGAUCACUUGCACGGUUAUCACGAUGAUCGCUACUGA